AUGUCUUUAGACAUUGAACAGCCGAGGUCCCUUGAAAGACAACGGUCCUGGGAGCGAAAGCGUCCUGAGGCACCACAACAGCAGACGUACGACCUGGUCUGCAUUGGAUUCGGGACAACCGCAUUGCCUCUAGCAGCUUCUCUUGCUGACAAGGACUCCAAUUCGAGGAUCUUGUUUGUCGAACGAAGGAGCCAAUGGGACUGGCAACCAGCCCAUGUCUUGCCAGACAAACAGGUCGGCUCGUCCUUCUUGCGCGAUCUCGUCACGACCCAGAACCCGCGAUCCAGCUACACCUUUGUGAACUUUCUACAUGCCACGAAUCAGCUCAUACGGUUUGCGAACAACUCGAAGCUUUCCCCGAGCCGCCGGCUGAUGGCACAGUACUUCCGAUGGGCAGCAGGCAAAGUUGAGCAGCUGGGCUGGGUCAGGUAUGGCCAGGAGGCGGCACGGGUGCAGCCAGUGAGGGCGGAUGGUACAGCGAAAGUCGCAAAAUGGGCCGUUGAGCUGCGAAGCUCGAAGACCAAAGCACAAAGCUCGAUCUUCGCGAAGCGUGUGGUUUUCGCAUGCGGUGCUCAGGCACAUGUUCCCGAGGCACUGGCACGAGCUCCUCUGGUGCUGCACUCUAGUCAGACCGAUCGCUUGCUGGAGAAUGUAGGAAGCUCCAAGAGACCGCUAAACAUGGCCAUUGUUGGCGCAGAUCAGGAAGCCGCGGAGAUAUUCGAGCAUUUGUCCGGUCCCCAGGAGCAAGCGCAUGGCAAGCACUCGGCUACCAUCUUCUAUGCGGACUCAGCACUUCGACCCGACGACGGUUCGCCAAAGAUGCAAGAUCUGCUCAGCAGGCCCGAGUCAGCAUCUGGAAGUGUCCCACCAGAGAUCCGGCAGGGCCAGUCCGCAACGCCGACAGUCGACUUGAACACACUGGAAGAGAUCUACGCUGCACAGUAUACCCAGAAGAUACACGAGCGAGACUCGGCAAAGUGGCGCUUCCAGAUGAAAUCGCACAGUGAAGUGGUAGGCACUCAGCGGGAGGCCGAGAAGGUGCGACUGGUGCUCAGGAAUCCCCAGACCAACGAGACGUCCGUUUCGGAGCGUGCAUUCGACAUGGUCAUCGCGGCGACGGGGUAUAGUUUCGCCAUUGACCGGAGUCUGGUCGACAUUCCUGUCGGUCUUCUUGAUGGCGGGGUGGUGCAGGUCGACCGCGAGUACCGGGUGAACUUCCGGCGAGGCGUCCUUGCUCCAGGUAAUGGUGUCUGGUUGCUCGGGUCGUUGGAAGACCGAAAGGUGAGGAAUGAUGACUUUAGCUGGGCGGCGGAACGUGCUCAGCGCGUGUCCAAGAGCAUAGUGGCAGCGGUGGCGAAGGAGGAGAAGUCGGCGGAGCAGGGCGGGGAACGGGCGAUGUUUUAG